AUGGAAAUCAAUUCAGUUUCAAAGCCACUAAUUUUGUUUUUAACGGUCUUGUUUCUGGGUUCUGAGCUGAUACACUGCAAUGUCACCUACGACAGAAAGGCUCUUCUCAUCAAUGGCCAAAGGAGGGUCCUCAUCUCUGGCUCCAUUCACUAUCCCCGCAGCACCCCUGAAAUGUGGGAGGAUCUAAUUUGGAAGGCCAAACAUGGAGGUCUUGAUGUCAUAGACACUUAUGUCUUCUGGGAUGUUCACGAACCAUCUCCUGGCAAUUACAAUUUUGAAGGAAGAUAUGAUCUAGUACGGUUCAUUAAGACGGUGCAGAAGGUGGGGCUUUAUGCAAAUCUUCGGAUUGGACCUUAUAUAUGUGCUGAGUGGAACUUUGGGGGAAUUCCUGUUUGGUUGAAGUAUGUACCUGGCAUCAGCUUCAGAACGGAUAAUGGGCCUUUCAAGGCGGCAAUGCAAGGUUUCACCCAGAAAAUUGUCCACAUGAUGAAGAGCGAAAAGUUGUUUCAAUCUCAGGGUGGUCCAAUCAUUCUCUCUCAGAUUGAGAAUGAGUAUGGACCAGAAAGCAGGGCAAUGGGCGCUGCUGGCCGUGCAUACGUAAAUUGGGCUGCAAGUAUGGCUGUUGGAUUGGGUACCGGAGUCCCCUGGGUGAUGUGCAAGGAAAAUGAUGCCCCAGAUCCUGUGAUAAAUUCAUGUAAUGGUUUUUACUGUGAUGAUUUCUCUCCAAAUAAACCAUACAAGCCUAGCAUGUGGACCGAGUCUUGGAGUGGCUGGUUUACUGAAUUCGGUGGCCCAAUUCACCAGCGACCAGUUCAGGAUCUAGCAUUUGCAGUUGCUCGUUUCAUCCAAAAGGGUGGCUCUUAUGUGAAUUAUUACAUGUACCAUGGAGGAACUAACUUUGGACGAUCAGCGGGAGGCCCAUUCAUAACUACAAGCUACGACUAUGAUGCUCCAAUUGAUGAAUAUGGUUUGAUCAGGCAACCAAAGUAUAGUCAUUUGAAGGAGCUUCAUAAAACUAUCAAGCGAUGUGAACAUGCUUUGGUUUCUUCAGAUCCCACUGUUGCUUCAUUAGGAGUUUUACAGCAGGCUCAUGUAUUCUCUUCGCGGACUGGAGCAUGUGCAGCUUUUCUAGCAAACUAUAAUGCACAGUCUGCUGCUAGGGUGACCUUCAAUAACCGACACUAUGACUUGCCUCCCUGGUCCAUAAGCAUCCUUCCUGAUUGCAAAACUUCUGUGUUUAAUACUGCAAACGUGAGAGUUCAAACUUCAAAGGUAAAAAUGCUUCCUGUCAUUUCUAGGUUGUUCUCAUGGGAAACCUAUGAUGAAGAUCUAUCCUCUCUGGCUGAAAGUUCAAGGAUUACAUCUCCUGGACUCUUAGAACAGCUGAACGUUACUAGAGACACCAGUGACUAUCUAUGGUACAUUACCAGCAUUGACAUAAGUUCAUCAGAAGCAUUUCUUCGAGGAGGACAGAAACCCAGCAUUAAUGUGCAGUCUUCUGGAGAUGCUGUUCAUGUUUUUGUUAAUGGGCAGUUUUCAGGUUCAGCUUUUGGGACAAGGGAACAGAGAAGUUGCACAUUUAAUGGGCCAAUCAACCUACGUGCAGGAGCAAAUAAAAUUGCACUUCUCAGCGUGACUGUUGGAUUACCAAAUGUGGGUCGGCAUUACGAAACAUGGAAGACAGGGAUCACUGGUCCGGUUUUGCUCCAUGGUAUAGACCAUGGACAGAAAGAUUUGACAUUGAAUAAGUGGUUAUAUCAGGUUGGCCUAAAAGGAGAGGCUAUGAAUUUGGUGUCUUCCAAUGGAGUCUCGUCUGUUGAUUGGGUCCAAGAGUCACUAGCUACUCAAAGCCGAUCACAAUUGAAAUGGCACAAGGCUUAUUUUGAUGCACCUGGGGGUAAAGAACCACUGGCUUUGGACAUGGGAAGUAUGGGUAAGGGUCAAGUAUGGAUCAACGGGCAGAGCAUAGGGAGAUAUUGGAUGACUUAUGCAAAGGGUGACUGUAAAUCUUGCAGCUAUUCUGGGACAUUCCGGCCUGUAAAGUGCCAACUUGGUUGUGGACAACCCACUCAACGAUGGUAUCACAUUCCAAGGUCCUGGCUAAAGCCAACCAAGAACUUGAUUGUAGUGUUUGAAGAAUUAGGUGGGAAUCCGUGGAAAAUAUCUUUGGUAAAGAGAACGGUACAUACUCCUGGAGUUCGUGAGUAG